AGUAUUGCCUGCUUAAUUGUGAAUCUAGGCGUGCUUAUGAACCUUUAUUUUAUUUAAUUAAAUAAGGGUGCAGGUGACAACAGAUCUAAAUUUUAAUCAUCUUUAAGAUUAAGUCUUAGUUUCAAGAUUAUAUUAUAGUUCUUUUUUAAACUUGUAGAAGUUUCAAUUAUAUUUUAUUUAUCUUUAAUUUAGGCUACUUAUGGUUGGUUAGUUGGAUUAAGUACAAACUUGAGCAUAGUUUAACGAAGUACCAAAAUAUAUUUAUCUCAAUAAAUAUUGAAAGAACGAGAAGAAAACAAAAAAAUAAAAGUACAAUUGGAGGCAAGAUAUAGCAAUGCUUAGAAGAACAACUUGAAAACUAGAAAAGAUGUUUGUAAAAUCAGGAAUUCUCUUUUAAUAGGAAACUUAAACAAACCUCCUUUGCUUAAAAAAAAAAAACACACCUUUGCAAGUACAUUUCCAUAAUAAUCACUCAACCAAACCAACAUCUAGUAGUGAUUUUAGUAUAACAACAUGAACUUAUAGUUGAAGUUCAUAUGGUUGAAGCUAAAAUAUAGCAAAACUUCUCUGAUAUUGAAGAGAGAGGACAUAUUUACAAUUUGAAAUUAAUGAACAGUUUCAUUUUCAACUAUUUUAUUAAGCAGUUUUUGAAAUAAUUCUGAUUAUCAAUCCCCACUUGUGCCUAGAAGUAAAACCCCUAGAAGUAGUGAUAACAACCUUCACAACAACUAGUUCUCAACUAACUUGACUUCUUAUAUGAAUUAAAAAUAAUUGAAUUGGAAUGGAAUGGAACAAUAGAUAGAUUAAUUAAAAAUAAAUUGGUUACAUAAACAUGGCCAGCUAAUACAAAUAGGGAUUUCCAUUGCCACUACCAACUCCAAAAUAUACCUUUGCCUUUGGCUUUAAAACAAAAGAUAUUCCCUUAACCUGCUGUCCUCUGCCUUCUCCCAACAACAAAUGACCCCUCGAGCUUAUGUCUUAAUCUUUUUCUUCUGGUCUCUUCUCACCAUUCUCACUCCCGCUCUCGUUUUUCUCUCCGAUAAUUCAAAACCGUCGUCGCUCUCAUUCAAAUCUACAGAUGGGAAAAAUGGAGGGAUUGAAAUGAGUAGAAAAGUUGUGGGAUUGACAAGAAAAUAUCAGAUGUUGAAAGUUUUGGCUGAAGAACAGACUGCACCGGCGGCGAUUCCGACACCCAUUACAGCACCGGCACUGUCGCCGGCUCCGGCACUGGGCGCCGCCGUUUCGGUACGGAAGUUCAUGGCUGAUACUGGAAAAGUCAUAUUGACAACAUUGAAGGGCUUGAAAGAAGCACAUUAAUUAAGGGUAGGAAAUAAUAUAAUUCAUCUCUGAAUAUUGUAUCAUUUCAAAAUACAAAUUAUUUUGACCCUCCUGGUAAAUAAAAAAAUGAAAAAAUGAAAUUGUUUGUAAAUAUUAUAUUUUACAUUUUCCUAGUCGUUACAAAGGAAUAAAAGAAAACAAUAAUAAUAAUAAUUAAU